GCUGACGUCAUGGCGGGCCCAAGAUGGCGGCCCUGGACACCGGCUGUUCCUCCUCCUCCUCCUCCCACCUCCUCCUCGCCGCCGUCGCCGUGCUCCUGCUCACCCGCUACCUGCUCAAGCGCCGGGCUGGGGGCGGCUGCAAGCUUCCCCCUGGCGGGCCGAGGCGGUGGUGGGCCGUGCUGGGACUGGGACUAGGCCUAGACCUGGGCCUGGACCCUCGCCUGCCCCCGCACCUGCUGCUGGACGCCCUGGGCCGGGCCCACGGCAGCGUGUGCAGCCUGUGGCUGGGCAGCCGCCUCCUGGUGGUGCUCAGCGGCUUCCAGACGGUCAGGGACGCCCUGCAGCGCAGAGCCGACGUCUUCUCCGACCGGCCGACCAUCCCCCUCGUCACCAUCAUAACUCAGCGCAAAGGUAUAGUCUUUGCGCCAUAUGGUUUGGUCUGGAAGGAGCAAAGAAAGUUUUCUCUCUCGACUCUGAGGCAUUUCGGUUUUGGGAAACUUGAUCUCGAGCCUAAAAUCCUUGAGGAACUGCAAUUUGUGAAGUCAGAGCUUUACGACGCAGAGGGGACAGCGUUUUCUCCUUUCCACAUCAUAAACAAUGCCGUGUCAAACAUAAUCUGCUCCAUGUGCCUUGGUAAACGGUUUGACUAUGAAGAUGAGGAGUUUAGAAUCGUUUUGCAUCAAAUUGCUCGAGGAAUGAAGCUAGCAUCAAACAGUCCUGCAAUACUCAUCAAUGUAUUUCCCUUCCUUCAGUAUUUACCUUUUGGGCCUUUCAAGGAAUUUUCCCAAACAGUAAAGGAUGUCACAUCUUUCCUGAAAAAUAUCAUAGCUGCUCACCGAAAGACUUUGGACCCUGAAAACCCACGUGAUUUUAUUGAUUUUUACCUGAAAGAAGUAGACUGUGAAAUGCAAAGAAACCAAGACACGAACUUCAGUGAAGAUUAUUUAUUUUACAUAAUUAGUGAUCUCUUUGUAGCGGGGACUGAUACAACAUCGAACACUUUGCUGUGGGCUAUUCUAAUAAUGGCAUCGUAUCCAGGAGUUCAAGAACAGGUUUAUAAUGAGAUCAGGGCUGUUGUUGGUGAGUCCAGAUCUCCGUCCAUCAAAGACAAACAUCACAUGCCAUUCACAGAAGCAACAAUAAUGGAAAUUCAACGGAUGACCACAGUUGUUCCAUUAGCCAUUCCGCACAUGGCAUCAGAAACAGUAGACUUUAAAGGUUAUACCAUUCCUAAGGGAAGCAUUGUGAUUGCAAAUCUCUGGUCAGUCCACAGAGAUGUAAGCAUGUGGGAGAAACCUGAUGAAUUUAACCCUUCUCGAUUCUUGGAUGCGGAUGGAAAUGUGGUAAAACAUGAAGCUUUUAUGCCUUUUGGAAUAGGCAAAAGGAUCUGUAUGGGAGAGCAGAUGGCAAAGAUGGAGCUGUUCCUCAUCUUCAGCAGCCUCCUGCAGUCAUUUUCCUUCAAACUUCCUGAAGCUGAAGAUGCACCAAACAUGACCGGCCGAUUCGGCCUCACUCUAUCUCCACAUCCUUUCAAAAUCAUUCCUGUCAAGAGAUGACCUACUUACUGGAACACCCUGCAGGCUUACCAGGUGCAACAAUGAAGGAAGGUGAUAUCUCUGAAGUAUUUUGUAUAUAUUAUGUCCACUAUAACUUACAGAAGAUACUACUGGAGACAGACCAGACCAUCUUCCGUUGACUCGAUCUACAUUUCACGCUGCCUCGGCAUGGCCACCAGAAUAAUCAAGGAGCAGUCUCACCCCGGUCACUCCCUCUUCUCCCCUCUCCCAUCAGGCAAGUGUGAAAACACACACCUCCAGAUUCAGGGGCAGCUUCUUCCCAGGUAACUGAACCAUCCUAUCAACAACCCGAGAGCAGUCCUGAGCUACCGUCUACUUCCUUGGAGCCCCUUGGACACUCUUUAAUCGGACUUUACUAGACUUUAUCUUGAGUCUCAUACAUUGAGCGUGAGACUCAUACAUU